AUCUCUCACCAAGCCCUAACUGGUUCCCCUCUUAAAAUCAACCAAAAACCAUCCAAAAAUUUGCUUCUCCCUAAUGCACCGCCCUCUCCAAUGCACUCUUUGCUGGUUUCUCUCCUCCACUUUUCCAAAAUUCAUGCAAUCCUCACCCAGCCGACCAGCCCCAUUGCUCACCUCUGAAAAUUAAAUCCCCCAAAUCCCAUUUUCAGAUUCGCUACUCUAUAAUCCCUUGAACCCAAAUCUAGAAAAUACCAUAAACCCAUACAUCGAUCACCAUUGAAUUCUCUGAUUUCAAAAUCAUAGAGUAAAAACAAAAGGGAUGAACAAAAGGAGCCUUCUUUGGGGGUGGAAGUUGCCGGAGACAGCAAUGUUGGUGAUAGAAAAAAAAGAAUCAUAGGGAGAGCUCGACUACAGGGAAGAUUUGUCAUUCAGUGGCCUCGCACGUGUGAAAUCUGAUGCGGGCGUGCCACUUACUUUGCUGAAAGUAAGAAAGGAGGACUUUCCCAACGACCCUCUCCUUUCUCACGGUCGAUCUCUUCGCAGAUGGCGGGAAGAACGUUGGAUUAAAAUGAAAUUUGCGCCUUCAGACGAUUUGCAAGAGGGAGGGAUACCUUCCUGCAGAAUGGGUUACGAAAUCUGCCUUGGACAACUCCAAGGACUUAAACACUACCUGAAUAAAUUGAAGGACUUGAAAUUGGAAAGAGGCAUGAAGGCCACAUAAGUAAUCAUUGAAGCAAUGCUACUUAACAUAAACAUUAAAUUAAUUACAAAUAAAAAGAAAACGAUACCUUGCAUAAACUUGAAGGAUUGAAGUUCAUUGCAUGAAAGGAAAUUGUUUUAACUGAAUAUAGGAACAAGUUUGUCUACUGGAAUGAGGAAAAACAACCUAAUUCUAAUGAAAUCUGUGCUGAA